UCCGAUCGAUCGACUGUCUCCGUCAGCUGCCCACCGGAGCCGUUUUCUCCGCCCGCCGGAACUGAACUGCUCUGCUCUCUCCCCGCCCGCCUUCCAGCAUGAAAGCCUUCAGCCCGGUGCGGUCCGUCAGGAAAAACGGCCUCUCGGAGCACAACCUGGGCAUCUCACGGAGCAAGACUCCCGUGGAUGACCCCAUGAGCCUACUGUAUAACAUGAAUGACUGCUACUCCAAGCUGAAGGAGCUGGUGCCCAGCAUCCCGCAGAACAAGAAAGUGAGCAAGAUGGAAAUCCUGCAGCAUGUUAUCGACUACAUCCUGGACCUGCAGAUCGCCCUGGACUCGCACCCCAGCAUCGUCAGCCUGCACCACCAGAGACCUGGGCAAAACCCUUCCUCCAGAACUCCUCUGACCACCCUAAACACAGAUAUCAGCAUCCUCUCGCUCCAGGCGUCUGAGUUCCCCUCAGAGCUCAUGUCGAGCGACAGCAAAGCACUUUGUGGCUGAAUCAAACGGUGUUCCACUGAUGAUAUUUUUUUUUUUUUGCACAAGAAAAUGUCUACAGGAUUUUUUUUGAGGUGCUGAAUUUUUCAGCUGUAUCUGGAGGGGAAAAUCCACGUUCAACAAAAAAGGACCUUUUAAAGUUAAUGAAGAAGAAAAAAAAAUAAUCAAGAUUGAUCUUUAUCCCCACCCCAUUCUUCAACUUGGACUGAACCUAGUUAUUUAUGAAGAGACUCUUAAAUACCCUUUCCCUAGUUGGAAGGCUUCCUUUAUAUACUAUUCCCAACGUGGGGAGCGAAACAAAAAUCUCACAAGGAGUUGCCCAUUUUAAAGCAGACUUUGCCUUUUUUUUCCAAAGGUGGAGCGUGAGUACCAGAAGGAUCCAGUGUUCAGUUUUUUAGGGAAGUCCGUGGUCAGAAAUUACCUUUUUGACACAACCUAGGGCUGAAUGCUGUGUAUAUAUUUAUAUAUAAAUAUAUAUAUAUGAGUGAAACCUUGUGAACUCUUUAAUUAGAGUUUUCUUGUAUAGUGGCAGAAAUACACAUUUCUGCAAAAAGUGUAAUGAUGUACUUAAUCAUGCUAAACUUUUUAUAAAAGUUUAGUUGUAAACUUAACCCUUUUUAUACAAAAUAAAUCCAAGUGUGUUUAUUGAA